AUGUCUGAUUCAGCUCGGGAAACCCUCGGGAAACUACCGGUACAGUAUUCAGCCGCACCCACAUCGCGUCCUCGCACAUCCCAGCCCAACGCUAAAUCCGUCGUAAACGGGGCGAUCACGGCUCCACACAUUCUCUACCGCGUUGAAGACGAAUCGUCUCGCGCGCGCUACAUCGACGACACGGGCAUCUUCGCCGAAGACACAGACACGGAUGUGAAUUUCACCGCGAAAACAAACACCUUGCUGCACCUGAUAGCACAGCAUCUCGACUGGCGCAACAGAGAGGCCACGCCCUUCAUCUCCAUGUACAGCGACGAAGACGUGGCGUGGCGCGAAGCAGAGCGGCGCGUCAGAACCGGAAAGCAGGACGUCCGUAUUUAUAAGAUUGAUACGUAUGCGUGUGAGGAGCGCACCGAGUAUCGUAAUAUCCGGCUUCUCGCGAAGAAGCUCGGCUUGUACAUCCAUGAGGAGGCGUGGAAUAACUCGAUGCAUGAAUAUAUUUUCCUGCAUUUUGUGCCUGAAAGUGCGAUUGAAGGGUGGGAGGAACUAUAAGUUCUUCUGCUUCCAUGUCGGCUGUUAUCUGGGAAUGGUUUGAUUGUCUCAUAUCAGGGUGCGUCUUGCGAUGAAGGGAUAGGUAUGAGGAAAGAGGACAGGACAAGGUCAAUGCUAACUUGAAUGAUCUAACAUAUCACCGUGAUAAUGAAUGCU